ACUGGAGGAUCCGCCCCGGAACUCUCGAGCCUCGGAACGCACAAGUGCGGGCGUGAGGCGCCGGAGGGCACAGGGGAGGGGAACGCUGUCCGCGGACGGACCCGGAAGCACAUGGCGGCGAGCCUCCAGGAGCGGGAGGCGGAACGCAGGAGUUGGGGUGACGCUGCUCCCACGCGGUGUCUGAGUCGUUUCCCGAGAGCGGAGUGAGGCGGGGCGCUGGCAGCCCGAGGCAAGAUGAAGACCGUGCUCAUGGUGGCCGAGAAGCCGUCCUUGGCCCAGUCCAUCGCCAGGAUCCUCUCUCGAGGCAGCAUGUCCUCGCGCAAAGGGCUGAACGGGACCUGCUCGGUGCACGAAUACAGCGGGUCCUUCGCGGGCCAGCCGGCCCGCUUCAAGAUGACGUCUGUCUGCGGCCACGUGAUGACGCUGGACUUCCUGGGGAAGUACAACAAGUGGGACAAGGUGGACCCCGCCGAGCUGUUCAGCCAGGCCCCGACGGAGAAGAAGGAGGCCAACCCCAAGCUGAACAUGGUGAAGUUCCUGCAGGUGGAGGGCAGGGGCUGCGACUGCAUCGUGCUGUGGCUGGACUGCGACAAGGAGGGCGAGAACAUCUGCUUCGAGGUGCUGGACGCGGUGCUGCCCGUCAUGAACCAGGCCCACAGCGGCGAGCAGACAGUGUUCCGGGCCCGCUUCAGCUCCAUCACGGACACGGACAUCUGCACUGCCAUGGCCCGCCUGGGUGAGCCCGACCACAACGAGGCACUCUCGGUGGACGCGCGGCAGGAGCUGGACCUCCGCAUCGGCUGCGCCUUCACGAGGUUCCAGACUAAAUACUUCCAGGGGAAAUAUGGCAACCUGGACAGCUCGCUCAUCUCCUUCGGGCCAUGCCAGACCCCCACGCUGGGGUUCUGUGUGGAGAGGCAUGACAAGAUCCAGUCCUUCAAGCCGGAGACCUACUGGGUGCUGCAGGCCAAGGUGGAUGUUGAUAAGGACCGCUCCCUCCUCCUGGGCUGGGACCGUGUGCGCGUGUUCGACCGGGAGAUCGCACAGAUGUUCCUGAACAUGACCAAGCUCGAGAAGGAGGCCCAGGUGGAGGCCACAAGCAGGAAGGAGAAGGCCAAGCAGCGGCCACUGGCCCUGAACACCGUGGAGAUGCUGCGUGUGGCCAGCUCUGCCCUGGGAAUGGGCCCGCAGCACGCCAUGCAGAUCGCCGAGCGGCUCUACACGCAGGGCUACAUCAGCUACCCGCGUACCGAGACCACCCACUACCCCGAGAGCUUUGACCUGAAGGGGCCUCUGCGGCAGCAGGCCAACCACCCCUACUGGGCUGACACGGUGAAGCAGCUCUUAGCAGAAGGUAUCAACCGCCCACGGAAAGGCCAUGACGCUGGCGACCAUCCCCCCAUCACCCCCAUGAAGUCUGCCACGGAAGCCGAGUUAGGGGGCGAGGCCUGGCGGCUCUAUGAAUACAUCACCCGGCACUUCAUCGCCACCGUCAGCCACGACUGCAGGUACCUGCAGAGCAGCAUCUCCUUCCGGAUCGGGCCCGAGCGCUUCACCUGCACGGGCAAGACCGUCAUCUCCCCAGGCUUCACAGAGAUCAUGCCCUGGCAGAGCGUGCCCCUGGAGGAGAGCCUGCCCACCCUCCAGAAGGGCGACACCCUGGCCGUGGCUGAGGUCAAGCUGCUGGAGAAGCAGACGAGCCCGCCGGACUACCUGACCGAGGCUGAGCUCAUCACCCUCAUGGAGAAGCACGGCAUCGGGACGGACGCCAGCAUCCCCGUGCACAUCAACAACAUCUGCCAGCGCAACUACGUGGUCGUGGAGAGCGGGCGCCGACUCAAGCCCACCAACCUCGGCAUUGUCCUGGUGCAUGGCUACUACAAGAUCGACGCCGAGCUGGUGCUGCCCACCAUCCGCAGCGCCGUGGAGAAGCAGCUGAACCUGAUCGCGCAGGGCAGAGCCGACUUUCGCCAGGUCCUGGGCCACACCCUGGACGUCUUCAAGAGGAAGUUCCAUUACUUCGUGGACUCCAUUGCGGGCAUGGAUGAACUGAUGGAGGUGUCCUUCUCGCCCCUGGCGGCCACGGGCAAGCCCCUCUCCCGCUGCGGGAAGUGCCACCGGUUCAUGAAGUACAUCCAGGCCAAGCCGAGCCGCCUGCACUGCUCGCACUGCGACGAGACCUACACGCUGCCCCAGAACGGCACCAUCAAGCUCUACAAGGAGCUGCGCUGCCCGCUGGACGACUUCGAGCUGGUCCUGUGGUCGUCGGGCUCCAGGGGCAAGAGCUACCCGCUGUGCCCCUACUGCUCCAACCACCCGCCCUUCCGGGACAUGAAAAAGGGCACGGGCUGCAACGAGUGCACGCACCCCAGCUGCCAGCACUCGCUCAGCAUGCUGGGCAUCGGCCAGUGCGUGGAGUGCGAGAGCGGCGUGCUGGUGCUCGACCCCACCUCCGGCCCCAAGUGGCGCGUGGCCUGCAACAGGUGCAACGUGGUGGCCCAUUGCUUCGAGAACGCCCACCGCGUGCGCGUGUCCGCCGAGACGUGCGCCGCCUGCGAGGCCGCCCUGCUGGACGUGGACUUCAACAAGGCCAAGUCCCCGCUGCCGGGCGACGGCACGCAGCACACGGGCUGCGUUUUCUGCGACCCCAUUUUCCAGGAGCUGGUGGAGCUGAAGCACGCAGCCUCCUGCCACCCCAUGCACCGCGGGCCCGGGCGGAGGCAGGGCCGGGGCCGGGGCCGGGGCCGGAGGCCGGCGGGGAAGCCGGGUCCCCGCCGGCCCAAGGACAAGAUGUCAGCCCUGGCCGCCUACUUCGUGUGAUGGCCAGCAGGCUCCGUGCCGCGGCCUCCGAGCCCCGGGGAUCAUUAAACGCGGUGUCUUCUGCAGUGCUAGCGGCUCCGCACAGUCGCCUGCUGUCGGAGGGCUGUGCCCAUCUCCUCGCCUCUCCCCUGUCCCGCACAUCCUCCCUGAGUCCUGCAGGGGGCCACUGCGCACAGAACCGGGAGCAGACCCAGUUCAGGGCACCCGCCAUGCUGCAGCGCAUGUGAGAUGGGGCACGGUGCGCACAUGUCAGGGUGCCUGGGCGCCGGGGAAGCAAGAAGCUCCUUCCGCCCGCGCCCAGCUGUCCUAGGCUGGGGGGAUGCCUCCCUGGGUGUUGGCCCUCACUCCACCCACUGCCCACUGCGUGGGUCUGCGUGUGGGGGCCCGCAUGUGACCCUGGCACCCCCAGGCCUGUUCGCCUUCCAGUUCUCAAACAGGUGUCCCCUCAGGCAGAGGCGGGCGGCAGCAGAUGGCAGGGUCGGGGGGCCACACCACCUGCAGGACGCAGGUCACCUGCCCGCUUCCCGUGCCCACUCCACCUGAGGGCGCCCCCCCCCCUCAGCCCACCACAUGCCCACCUUGGGAUUUUGCCCCCCGCCAGGCCUCUGCCUGAGAGGCCCCCGUGAAACGCCUCCGCAGGCCCGCAGGCGGGGCAGGUCGGAGCUGUGGUGCCCAGACACAGACUGCUACCUGGGUCGCAGGCUCGCCCGGGAGGCUGCAGCUCCGGCUGGGUGGGCCAGGCCACAUGGGAGGCUCCUUUCCCGAGGGUAGAGCCGGGGCUGGAGCUGAGGUGGGCGGGAGCCAGGCAGGAGGAGCUGACACUAGCCACAGGGCCGGUCAGCUCCUGGGCGUGGCGUUGGCCCGGUUCCCACUGGGGGAGGCGCAUUCCUGGCCAGGCGGCAUGCCUUGCUUCCCUGCCACCUCCUGGUGCUGGCCUCGGGGCAUCAGUGCUCUGAGGGGUCUCGUGGGGGCCCGCCCGGGAGGGCCCGUGGGAUGUCAGCUGUCCCAGGAGCCCCUCACCCAUACAGCGGUCCUCAAACUUCAGUUCACACUUGUUCUGGGUACACUUUGAGAAACCCUGAGGCAGGGUCUCACAAUAGCCCUGGAGGGUAGGUUGGCACCUAUUGAUCCCCUUUUUCCUGAUACGGAAUCUGGAUAUGGGACAGCUAAGGAACAACUUGAAGGUCACACGUCAUAAGCACUUAACCACAGGCCUCGCUGGGGUCACCAUGCUGACUUUCAGGCGGGGUCGGGUUGCAGGAUCUAGGAAGGCCUGAGGAGAAGGGGCCCCACCCUGCCUUCUCUGCCCAGAUGCCCACUGCCUUCUAGAUCCACCCCCUACCCAGUCUCUGUCCUUCCAAACCGACCGACUUAGUUCUCCAGACUCCUGUUGGUGAAUCUUAGUUCCUGGGCCAGACACAGGCCGUGUGCCCACCUGGAGGUCAGGUGGGCAGGGCCCCAGUGGGGCUUUUGAGGGCUCUUCCAAAAAAGUUUAUAUUAUGCUUUACAACUGCAUUGAUACAAAGAUGAACAUAUUAAUAUUAUAUAUUAAAACAUUUUCUUUGACCUAAA